AUCGAACCAAAGACCAAUUUUAUUUGCGGGCAUAAUCGACAAAGAUCAUUGGACAAUAGUCAUGCACUCAUGCUCGACUUUAGAAAAAUCUAGGGUUUUUAAUUUUGGGGAAAAAUUAGAUUGGUUUCUAAUUUAUUUCUGAUUCCCUUGUUCGAUUCUCCUCUGCUUGUCCGUAAGUCUCCGAAUCUGUAUAUUCACUUCUCGCAACUCGCUGCUCUGGUUCUUAGUUCUUGGCGUUGGCAUUGAGAGAGGUUUUGGAUUUUGGUGAUUUCUCUUCAUAUUCAUUGGUUUCAUCGAGAUAUUGAUAAGACCAGGAUUUCAACAGCUGAUUCAAAAGAGUCUAAGGAAUCAGAAUUAAAAGUCUUGCCUUUUGAAACAGCUAAAUCCAAAAUUUGGCGAAGGUUUGAGAGAUGCAAGGAGGAGUGUGGAGCCAACUAUGGAGGAAAUACGCUGAUUACAAGUACAACAAGUUCGAGAGAUUUGCUGUUUGGGAAAUGAUCGAACCUUACCGUCGACCAAAAACCUUCACGGCGUUGAUUACUAUCUAUGUCGCCGCCUUUUACACCGGCGUCAUCGGCGCUGCAGUUACAGAGCAGCUCUACAAGGAGAAGUUUUGGGAAGAGCACCCGGGGAAAACAGUGCCUCUGAUGAAGCCAGUAUUCUAUCGAGGACCAUGGAGAGUUUAUCGCGGUGAGGCUAUUGCUUCAGAUGCUAGCAGCCAGUGAAGGUGACGAUUUUAGGCUAUCAGAGACUGUGAUCAAAGAUAUAUCUCCGAAUGUGCAUCCUUUAUGCCGGUUCACUGGUAUAUAUACCAAACUUCGUGUUCUGUAGAAUGCAUGUAUCCUAGUUUUGAGUUGUUUAAAUGUUGUCUACGCAUACCAUAUAACAAUUUCGUAAUUGUUAAAAACGAGAGUUAAUAAAAACGUUGUUUUGAUCAUUAAA